AUGUCGCAUCGUCAAUUGCUGAUGGCCGUUGCGCAUCCGCCGGCGGCACGAGCUUGCAUUGCUGCAGCGACGGACGCGCUUGGAGGACGUGGACGUCGAGCGGACAGAGCAGCUCUCCAUAGCAGGCACGGCCGCACGGGCACCCAACGGUCCGACCACCAAACAAGCAUGGACCAGUCCAACUCCAACCUGAUGCCACCGCUGCUCCGUCCCCGUGACCCGACCACGCUGCUCCCGUCACUCGCCGCGGCGUCCCCCCACCUCCGCGCGCUCCACGCGCACCUCCUCGUCUCGGGCCGCCUCGCCUCCCCGUCGCACCUCGCCGCCUUCCUCGCCUCGCUCGCCUCCUCCAACCACCUCCCCUACGCGCGCCUCGUCCUCCCGCGGCGCCUUCAGCUGUUCAAGCGCAUGGAGAGUGCAGGAAUACAGCCUAAUGGUGUCAGCUUUGUCGCAGUGCUCGGUGGAUGCUCUAUGGCUGGGUUGGUAGACGAGGGACGAGCAUGUUUUGACUCGAUGGACAAGUAUGGAGUUGAUCCUUGGCCAGAACACUACGGCUGCAUGGUUGGCCUCUAUGGACGAGCAGGGCGUCUAGACGACGCCAUCAAUAUCAUCAAGGCCAUGCCAAUGGAGCCACACGAAGGCGUGUGGGGAGCUCUACUCAACGCUUCUAGGAUUCAUAACAGAGUUGACUUGGGCAAAUAUGCAUUAGACAAGCUCUUGGCAAUCGAGUCUGAAAAUGAUGCAGCUCAUGUCCUGCUGUCUAACAUCUAUGCGGAAUCACAGAAUUGGAAGGGCGUCUGCAGGGUUCGAGGCAUGAUGAAGGCCAAGGGAGUGAAGAAGGUGCCUGGGUGGAGCACUAUUGAGGUUGAUGGCGAGGUACACGAGUUCUUUGCUGGAAGCAAGUCACACCCAAGAUACAAUGAGAUCGAGCUGAUGCUUGCGGAGAUGAAUCGGAGGCUGAGACUGCAAGGAUACACUGCGAACACCAGAGAGGUCUUAUUUGAUAUUGAGGAAGAGGAGAAAGAAGGCGCCAUCUCCUUGCACAGUGAGAAGCUAGCACUGGCCUUUGGGUUGAUCGCCUUGCCAGAAGACGUGGAAAUUAGGAUUGUGAAGAACCUAAGAGUAUGCAGGGACUGCCAUGAUUACACCAAAUUGAUAUCUAAGGUCUUCAACAGGGAAAUUGUAAUGAGAGAUAGGAAUAGGUUUCAUCAUUUCAAGGGUGGGGAGUGCUCAUGUAGGGAUUACCGGUGA